CUCUGCCUAUUGUGGAGGCUUUUGAUUCCUUUGAAGCAAUCAAUGACCUCUCUGUCUCUCAUUUGCCAGCAAAGAGAGAUUGUUUAAUGUUGUUUAUGCUUCACAUUUUUAUACAUCACAUUUUCACUGAAUCUUCCUCUGCUUCUCUCAGGAGGAUGAAAACCACUUAGUUGCAGCAGAAGAAGAAAUAUUCAAGAGAAGGGCUUUCUUGAGUGACAAUGGAAGGGGCAGAAGAGUUUCAAGAAGAAGAAGUGUGGUCAGUUUUGAGAGAAAACGAAACUCCAGGUCCUGAAAUGAAAAUGUCCAAAAGUAACAAUAUCUUCUCAGCUGCUUCUUCAUCUUCUGCAAGGUACAUUCCUAAGGGCAAGGAGGUCUCUAAAGCCAAACAGUCAUCUGCUCCAAUGAAUGUACCUGACUGGUCCAAGAUUUAUGGGAACACAAGAAGCAACCAUUUGCAUUCGUGGACCACUCAUGAUGAAGAUGACGAUGACGAUUCAGUGGUUCCUCCACACGAGUUGGUAGCAAAAAUGCUUGCAAGAACGCAGAUCUCAUCUUUCUCCAUGUGCGAAGGAAUAGGAAGAACACUCAAAGGAAGAGAUCUCAGCAAGACAAGAAAUGAUGUCUUAACCAAAACAGGUUUCUUGGAAUCGAACGUCACAUCCACAUCACCACAACCAUAGUUAUGUCAUGGUAUGGAGCAUGCUCAAUAUCUCAUAAACUCCCUUAACCACUACUAUUCCAUACCGUAUCAUUAUCAUAAAUUAAAACCUAAACUUUAUGUUAUCCACAUGAUUUGUUUUAACUAUCCAAUGUUAUUGUCGUUUUCAUCAUGUUGGGAAUCAUCAUGACACUAUACCAAUAUGGUUGAGUUAUCUUUAUUUUUUGUUGUUUGUUAGGUUUUUGGAUGUUUUAGAUAAGUAUGACGAUGAGGAUGACUUGUCAAUUCCAUGCAUGGGACCCAUAUCAUUUUUCUUA